AUGCUCGAUGAUCAAGCAAGCACCAACUCGGUGAUGGACAAGCAAAGCAGACCUGAUGAGAAUGACCAGAGUCUCGUUCAGGUGCCGAUUCGACUGCCUGCGACAUGCACAGCCCGCCAGAUAGCAUAUGGCAAAUUAAAUCUUGACAAAAACGACGACACCCUGAAAUUUGCCCAGCGCGGCUGCCAUGAUGCCGCCGCGGGCAUAGAAUUCGCCCAUGACGCCAUCACAAUCAGCGUCGCUGAACUUGAUCGCAUUAGCAUCCCUAAUCGUACAGUUGGACGCAUCUUUGUUGACCGCUCAAAAUUUGCUCUCACCAUGGCUUUGCAUGAGCCCCCAAGGUUCUAUUCUCGGCAUGAUGUCGUGUGCAAUUGGUACCGGCGGGCUGUCAUGCGGAAUUCACCUUACUACAGGACUUACAGCAUACGAUUUGAGGCAGACAUGUUCGAUCGAGCUGUCAACGCCCUUGAACCAAGGCGGAGCUUUCGCAUGUUGCACCGACUACUACCUGUACAACACGAGCAUUCCGGCAGCAAUGAUGCCUCCAGUUUAGUAGAGGAUCUCGAAUUACGUUUGCACAACCUUCACUGCCAGGAGAGUAUGAUACCAUUCACUUUGCUAUUCCAGGCUGUUGCGCUGGCACGAAGCGGUCAUUUGGAUCCGGCGACUGGCUGUGAUAUAAUCCACGAAGCACGACAUCUUCUGCACCAUGCGGAACCCAAUGUCCCGGCAGUCACUCAACUCUUUCGGAGGCGGUUAUUUCAAGCUGCAUCGGAAUCAGCUCUAGACGCCAGCCAUCGUGGACACAAUGUCUCAAGGCGUCCCGAAAACUCGGCAAGUUCACGCGUAACCGAAAGACACUUGCUCGAGCAACAAGCGCAUGACAGUAGGAGUCCUGCUAGCGGGCGGGCUCUGGUGCUCAAGGCCUUGGUCACUCCCACUCGGAUCGUACUGCGAGGCCCAGACCUGGAAACCAAAAACAGAGUUCUACGCAUGUUUCCUGGGAAAUCAGACCACUUCCUACGCGUGACAUUUGGUGAUGAGGACGGCGAGGACCUGUCAUAUGGUGAUAGAACUUGCAACGACGAUAUUUUCGAGCACUACCGCCGUAUUCUUCUGCGAGGCCUGACGGUGGCUGGACGGAGAUUCGAAUUUCUAGCCUUUUCGCACUCAUCUUUACGAUCCCACUCCGCUUGGUUUUGCUCCCCUUUCGUCGGCCAGUCUCUAACCGUGCAGGACUGUCGAUCCAUUGUCAAAUCGCUCGGCGUGUUCCAAAACAUUCGCAUACCGGCAAAAUGCGCGGCGAGGAUCGGACAAGCAUUCUCCGAAACACCGAUUGCUCUAUCGCUGCCCCAAAGAGGUAUUCGGCUGCAAUAUAUCGACGAUGUCAAAAAUUCGGCGGGGACUCGCGUCUUCAGUGACGGCGUAGGUACCAUUUCUAUGAAUGCCCUACAGGAGGUAUGGGGUUGUCUUCCCGAACGGUUAGGACGGCCAACUUGUAUCCAGAUCCGGAUUGCUGGCGUGAAGGGCAUGCUGUCCCUGGAUUCUAAGCUGCGCGGCAAAUAUAUAUGUAUUCGGAGCGAAUCCAUGAUGAAGUUCAAGAGCCAAGACCUUGACGUCCUUGGCAUCUGCGAUGUUGGAUCCAGGCCACUGAGAUUCACACUCAACCGGCAGAUCGUUAAGAUUCUCGAAGAUAUGGGUAUCCACCACAACUGGUUUCUGGCAUGGCAAGACAAAGCAAUCAGGAACUUUCUGAGAGUGGCCUCCAGUAUUCGCCACACCAGGGCCUUCCUCAGGCAGUAUGAGGUCGGGGCAAGUCUGCGACUGCCCGAGUUGCUUGAGAAAUUGGAAGAAAAUGGCAUCGACUAUCGAGAAGACGACUUCCUGAGAUCAGUGGUUGGUCAAGCGAUUCUUGGUGAGCUGAGAUUCCUGAAGUACAAAGCCCGCAUCCCCGUCAGCAAAGCCGUCACCUUGUUUGGAGUCAUGGAUGAGACAGGCUUCUUGCAGGAAGGCCAAAUAUAUGUAACCUAUGAUGUUGUGGGCCACCCGGGAGCCACCGGCAUCGAAGCUGUUCCAGCAGAGGGUCGGGCUCUAGUGACCAGAUCGCCAGCGCUUCAUCCUGGGGAUAUUCAGUACGUGGAGAUGGUCACACCUCCAUUUGGGCAUGCGCUCCUUGAAUUGAGGAACUGCAUCGUCUUUAGCAGCCAAGGAUCGCGUGACCUCCCGAGCAUGCUGAGCGGUGGUGACCUGGAUGGAGACCUGUACAGCGUAAUCUGGGAUUCAGAUGCUAUUCCCACAAGGAACUUGAAGCCCGCAGAGUAUCCUCGCAUAAGCCCCAAACCCUACAAGCGUCAGGUUCGUCAGGAAGACAUGGCCAACUUCUUCGUCGACUUUAUGAAAAACGAUGUCUUGGGAAUCAUAGCCACCAGACACCAAAUGUAUGCCGAUCUAAAACCUGCGGGCACGCUAGAUCCAGAAUGCAUCCGGCUGGCCGAGAUGCAUUCAGCGGCAGUCGAUUACUCAAAAUCAGGCGUACCGGUUGAGGCACAUUUCAUUCCAAAAGUGCCGCAAGCGCGAGCCGACUUCUUGGUUCCGGCCCCAACUCUAUCUCUACAUCUAGCCCAUGAUGCGAGUUACUUUGAACGACUGACAACUUGUAUCUCCGAGUCUGAAACAAGUCCAGCACAGCCAGGCUUUGCAACUUAUCAAUCAAACAAGAUACUCGGAAGAUUAUUCCGUGAAAUCGACGAACAUAGGAUAUGGAAGGAAAGUACGCAAGCAGAAGUAACUGCUCGUACUUCUGGUGGCAUAUGGGAUGGGUUGCUCAAACACGUCGAGUCAGAUUUAUCUGCUGUCAACAUUAUCCUGGAUUGGGAGACGAAAUUGGCAACGGCAAAAAACCUGCGCACCGAGUACGACACGGCUCUGGCUGAAACUUUGCGCCAGUUUUCAGUCAACCCAAAAGGGCAAGUGUCUGAAGUUGAAGCCUUCUCCGGCCGCAGCUUGAACUCGGCUGGGAGACAGUCGCGACGACACCGCGUUUAUUCUGCAAAACUCGCAGACAGGAUGGAGGAGUUGACGGCAUGGAUGUCGGGGCGGAUUCGUGAAUGCAGUGCGCUAGAGCUCGCCGAGCCAAGCAUUUUCGUGAACGAGCAGGGUGAUGAGCCGAGACAACAACAGCAGCGUCUGGUCGAGCUAUGCAGAGCGUGUGUCGCUGUUGGGGGUACAGGUAGCAUGUAUGGCCCAGCAGAGGAUGUCGGGCAGCCUGUUGGGCUGGAAAGCUUUCGCGUCCUGGCAGCGGGCAUUUUGCUCAGCGAAGUGCAGAAACUCUUGUGGUAG